AGAGCUAGAGAGAGAGAGAGAGAGAGAGAGAGAGAGAGAGAGUGAGAGAGAGAGAGACUAGUCGACCUACAAGACUGGAUGAUCCUCAACGAACACCAUUCAUCGCUUGAUACAAUAGAGGAAGAAAUAAUGAGAUGAGCAAAUUUUUUCAUUUCGAUUUUUUUUUAUCGAAGUUGAUUGCCCAGGGUUUUACGCAUCGCGGAACAGUAAAACCAAUUAGGAUGGAUACCCACUCAACAGCAUGAUUUUCUUUUCACCAUAAACGGAUGGAAGAAGAAUAACUAGAGCUGAUUUCUUCCGAUAUCUGUUUCAUCGGAAGAUUGUAAAGGUGGUGCGAUCAGGGAAAUCUGAUGACGGACCUAUUAAUCUGGUCAGUGCAUCAGAAGCACCAAAAGGUUCUGGAAACGUUUGGUUGGAAAUGUUUGGACUUGCUUUUGGUUUUAUACGAAACUGGUGACUAGUAGACUAGUUGGGAUUUCUCUCUCUUUCUCUGCCUUUAUCUCUCUCUGUGGAAUGUUCAUCUUUUUAUUCAAGAAAUUGAACUGAGGGGAAGACGUUUGCCGGAUUAUCAGUUAUAUUUUUAUUGAAUGUUUGGAAAGGUGGAAUGGUAUGCUAUUGCGGUUUGCUGUCCAUCUCCUUAAAUCUCAGUCGUUUCCUCAAGUAUUCCUUCAUCUAAAUGGAAUUAGUUGAGCCUGAAGCCCCUUGUGAAAGGUACAGACAUGGUACAUGGGUACAGCCUCCUUCACGUUGUUGCAAGUCUACUCAUAAUUGGGUUGUCUGGGGCAACGAAGAAGGAAGCAGUGAAAAACAAUUCUGGAGUAAAGCCUGCAGGUCAAUGUGGCACCUGGGUGAAAGAAGGAGAUGGAGGACUGUUUACUUCUCCCAACUACCCCAGCAAAUACCCCCCAGAAGUAGAGUGUGUUUACAUCAUUGAAGCUCCUCCAAGGCUGUGUAUUGAUCUCUUCUUUGAUGAGAGAUAUUCUAUAGAGCCUUCAUGGGAAUGUAAAUUUGACAACAUCGAAGUGCGGGACGGCCCCUUUGGCUUCUCCCCAAUAAUCGGACGCUACUGUGGCCAGACCAUUCCUCCCUUCAUCAGAAGCAGCGGACGAUACCUCUGGAUAAAAUUUGUUUCUGACGGCGAACUGGAGGCAAUUGGAUUUUUGGCGAAUUACAACUUCACUGCAGAUCCGGACUUUGGAGACUUGGGAAUGCCUCAACCUCUUCCCUUUUGUGAGUUUGACAUGGGAGGACCAGAGGGGAUAGUGGAAUCCCAUCAGAUCACCAGAGAUGGAAAGGCCUUAGCAACUGAGGCUGUGGACUGCAAAUGGUUCAUCCGCGCUCCGCCACGCUCCAAGAUCUACCUGCGUUUCCUGGACUACGAGAUGCAGAACAGUAACGAGUGUAAGCGUAACUUUGUGGCGGUGUACGACGGCAGCGCCUCGGUGGAGGACCUGAAGAACAAGUUCUGCUCCACGGUGGCCAACGACGUGAUGCUGGUGUCCACCACGGGGGUGGUCCGGAUGUGGGCCGACCAGGGCAGCCGACGGAGUCGCUUUAGAAUCCUCUUCACCACCUUCCAAGAACCUCCUUGCGAGGCGGAUGCCUUUUUCUGCCACAGCAACAUGUGCAUUAACAACACCCUGGUGUGUAACGGCAUUCAGAACUGUGUCUACCCCUGGGAUGAGAACCAUUGCAAAGAGAAGAGGAAAGCCAACAUCCUGGACAACCUGAACAACACCAAUGGCACCAUCAUCGGUGUCACCUGCUGUAUUGUGCUCCUCCUCCUCAUUGUGUCCAUUAUCGUCCAGAUCAAACAGCCCAGGAAGAAAUACAUCCUCCGCCGCGAGGAGUUCGACCCCACCAUGUUCCAGGAGGUCUUUGAGCCCCCGCACUACGAGCUCUGCACGCUACGGAGCGCCACGGCCACUGGCGCCUCUGCGGACCUAGUCGACCUGGCGGAGGACUUUGAGAACUACCACGCGCUGCGCCACUCGUCCUCGCGCUGUGUCCACGACCACCACUGUGGCUCCGCCUCCAACCCGGGCUCUGCCCACCUGUCCCAAUUGUCACUCAGUGGUCGGGGUAGCCGCGGCAACCUAAGUAUGCGUGAGGCCGCCACACUCCUCACGGACCUCCCCCCCCAGCCGGUACGGCCUCUUCUGCCUAACGUUGCUACGGGGAACCGGCGAAGCAUCCUGGUGAUGAAGCACAGCUACUCGCAGGAAGCGGCCGAUAACGGGUGCGACCUCGACGAUGACCUGGAAGACGUGCCAACGACGAGUCACCGGCUGUCACGUCACGAGAAGGCAGUCCAGCGGUUCUGCCUCAUUGGCUCUUUGAGCAAACACGAAUCAGAAUACAACACGACUAGGGUCUAAGACAAUCUCAAGACUUCUUGAAAAUAGUGCAAUCCUGGAUCAGUACGAACGGGCUUCAAAGAAAUAUGAAAAUACGGACCGGAGAUUUACAUCAGCAUGAUGGUGAUGAAGAAAUAGAGAAUAUGUAAUAUGUAACAAAAUGAAAGUAGCUACGGAGUUGGAAAAAAAACCUCAGGGGCAUGGAGGUCUUGAAAGUAUUGAAUACUAGUAGGCUUACACCCUAACCUAAUAUUGCCUAGUCAUAUUUUGUAUUCUCAUAAAAUGGAUUUUAAGGAUGCUUAUUAUCGAACAAAACAUUUUGAAUUAAUACAUUUGAGAAAAGCUUUUGUUGCUCAGAUUUACCUUUAAUCUAAAUGAAGGAUCACGACACCUCAUUCAAUGUUCAGAGCAUGUGAUUUUUGCAUCAUAUUGUAAACAUUAUUUUGGGUGGUCUGUGCUUGCAAGUUUUAAAUUUCAGGGAAGUUGACACAUCUAUUAGUUAUAAUUAGGUGAUCAGUCAGUAACUAAUCCCAGUGUAAUAUAGCCUUUCUGAAUAAGCCACCAUCUAAUUAUUUUCCAGGAAAACUGGAAAUGUUAUGGUAUGCAUGUCCACUGAAACAUGAACUAACAACUAGAUUGGAAAGUUAAGUCAUCCAGUAAUACAAUAAAUACAUCUACUUUUUAAAUGAGAUCCCUAUAACAAAUCUACUCAUAAUAAUAUUUUGGUGGUAUGAAUUGAUUGCAUGCAAAUUAAAUUAAAAGGCAAAUGCCAAUGCAAAUGAAUCUUUGACUAUUGUAUUUUAACAUGUUGAUUCCUCUCACUAAUGUUGAUUGUUUAAAAGUUUAGUUGAUUAUUAUUUUACUAAAACAUUUCAGUUCAUUUAUCAUAGGCCUCUCUUAUAGCAACCUCGCCAGUGAUCUUUGUACUCAGACUU